AGGCAGCGCCAGUCUGCGUCUAUGCUUAGACCUCGAUAGUUGGGCGCGUCGGGUAGUUUGAGUAAACGCUAACGUGCUCACGCACACACAUACAAACUCCAAGAUCGACUUUAACGACAGCUGGCUGUGGAAUAACCCCCUCUUUAAUAACCCCACCAAACCGUUGCACUAUUUCAUUGUGUGUGGCUGUUCGAGAGUGUAUGCGUGCACAUCAGCUGUUGACAAAUUAAUGAGCUCUGCUUGGCCUUCGUCGUUUUACGGGUCUUUGCAAAUCAAAACGAUUGUUUUCAACUCAACAGUAGCGCAAUGACGGGAUCAGUACACGAUCCAAAAUGGAGCUUGGAGCGACGAGAAUCAUCAGGCCAUUUGGUAUGGCGGAAAGAGUCGCCAUCUUCGAAGGUGCGAUUUCGAUUUGACGUUGAAGUUUUGGAGUUUGAAAAACAUCCGAACGAAGAGCUGGAUCAUACGGAUGAUCAUUUCUCGAUCACAAAUCUGUCAACAACAAUAGCCCUCUGUGCCACAUGUGUUGCCGUAGUUGCGGCAUCCGUAUUCCUGCCCUGGUACCUAAUGGAAAAGGCCGGCUCGCUGUAAAAGCCCUGUAGACUGCGAUUAGUGUAUCACUUGAAGGUAUUAAGUAGGGUUAUGUAUAUAAACAGACAUGCGAUAGAUUUAAGAACUGAUACAAUGUGUAAAUCUUAAUGUAAAUAUGAGUAAUACAUGUAGUACAUAUAUUUUGUGAUAGACCUAUUUAAGUCUAAGGCUUUUAAAUUCAGAUGAUCCCAGACUGUUUGCAAGCAAAUGAUUUAAACGAUGAUCACUAAGAUAUUUAAAUGAAUAAACAGACAUCUUGCCCAUUUUA